CAGCGGCAGAUACCACCGCACCACUCCCGGGCUCGCUGUCUAACCGCGGCCCUCCACGCGACGGCGAGCGCGGCGCGAGGAGCACCACCACCCGCCGCCACCGGCGGGGGCCCACGCCGGCGAACAUGGCGAUGUCGGCGCCGCCGCCGGCCCCGUCCCCCUCCUCCUCCUCCUCGGCGUGGCUCGAGUGGGCCGCGGAGUACACCAAGGCGGCGCAGGCCGAGUCCCGCCCGCCGCCGGAGUGGGCGGCGCGGGUGGCGGCUGCGGCGGCGGCCGGCGCAGCGGGGGAGAGUACGGACGUGCCCUGGUCCGCGGGGCUCGCGGAGGUGCUGGCGCAGCCGCUGCUCUCCGGCGUCGGCGGCGGGGGCGGCGCGCCCGCCGCCGCCGCCGCAUGGAAGUACGCCGAGGCCGCGCUCGCCUCGCGGCUCGCGUCCCCGGCGCUCCUCCUCGCGCUCCUCUCCACCAGGGUCAUUCCUCACCGGUUUUCCAGGCCAAUGGAGUACAGACUCUACUUGGAGCUCUUGAAAAGACAUGGGUUCAACUUCCAUUAUCAGAUGAAAGCGGCAAAUUUCAGAAAGAUCAUGGAUUUAAUAGACGGAAACCUUAGUCUUUCCAAGAUAUUUGGCGUUUCUACAUGUCAUCCAGGGGUUUUUGUUGUGCAUUUUGUUCUCUGUAUUUUAUGGCAGUUGGUUGAUGUUGUUUUGGAUGAUGAGGGCCUGUUAGAGUUAACUCCAGAGAAGAAAGCUCAAUGGCCAACCAGGCCCGAGGACAUGAGCACAUUUGAGGGAACUUUUACUGAACAAAGAACUGAGAAGAUCGAGAAGUUACAGAAGAUGAACACUCUGACAACUGUGGAGCUCAUUGAGCAUCUUCUUCGUGAUAAAGUAAUUACUCGUAUCCUAUCAUUGGCACGCGAAAACAUGCACUCUCACUGGGGGACAUUUACUAGCCGGUUGCAUUUGCUUGCAACAAACUCAUCUACCUUACAAAAUUCAGCAAUAUCCUUGGAACCAUUUCAGCAGUUGAUUCUUGGUGAUUGCAAUGUAUAUGGAGAAAUUAAACAUAAUAUGCGUAAAAGGUUCCACCCAAUAUUGGCUUCUAACCCUCUAUCUUCACCAAAUGGGCGAUGCCUUGGUGCGAGCUAUUCUGCACAAUGGAUUCCUAUCGAUUUGUAUCUUGAAGAUUGCCUUGAUGGUUCAAUUGCUGCAACAAAUUCCAUUGAGAUUUUAAGUGGUUUGGUCAAGGCUCUUCAAUCAGUCAAUAGAUCAACUUGGCAUGAUGCUUUCUUGGCCCUUUGGGUGGCUUCACUUCGCCUUGUACAAAGGGAAAGAGAACCGAUUGAAGGUCCUGUACCUCACCUAGACACACGACUAUGCAUGUUGUUGUCUAUCACAACACUUGUGGUUGCUGACAUAAUUGGGGAAGCAGAUUCACUUUGCAAUGAAAAAGAACUCAACAGUCAUGCAAAAGAAAAGAAAUCAAUUGGUAAUCUACGGGACGAAUUGAUGCUAAGCUUGCAGAUACUUGGUGAUUAUGAAAGUUUGCUUGCUCCUCCUCCAUGUGUCAUCCAAGCAGCCAACCAUGCUGCUACCAAAGCUGCAAUGUUCAUUUCAGGAAUCAGUAUUAAUAAUGGCUACAUUGAAAAUGUCAAUGGGAUGAAUUAUGCUGGAAAUAUGCGACAUUUGAUUGUGGAGUCAUGUAUCUCAAGGAAUUUGUUGGAUACGUCAGCUUACUAUUGGCCUGGUUAUAUCAGUAAUCAUGUCAACUCCGUUUCUCAUACACUCCCUAGUCAACUUGCUGGGUGGUCAUCUUUCAUGAAGGGUGCGCCAUUGACUCAGUCGCUGGUUAAUAUGUUGGCAUCAACUCCCGCUCCCAGCUUGGCAGAGGUCGAAAAGUUAUUUGAAGUUGCAGUUAAUGGAUCAGAUGACGAUAACGUUUCUGCUGCCUCUGUUUUAUGUGGAGCCACUCUUCUACGUGGUUGGAAUUUUCAGGAGCAUACAGUUCGGUUAGUUGUUAAACUGCUUUCACCGUCUGAUCCAAAUGAUUAUUCUGGAAGAGAGAGCCAAUUGAUAAAGCUUGGUCCAAUGCUCAAUGUUAUUCUUUCAGGAAUAUCAGCUGUGGACUACGCUCCAAUAUUCUCAUUCCAUGGAUUGAUUCCAGAGCUUGCUGCUGCUCUUAUGGCAAUAUGUGAAGUUUUUGGAUGUCUUUCUCCUAGUGUUUCCUGGACUCUGAGAACAGGAGAGGAAAUAUCUGCUCACACAGUCUUCUCAACUGCAUUCAUUCUUCUGUUGAGACUCUGGAAGUUUAACCAUCCACCACUUGAGUAUUGUGUAAUGGGAGAUGGUGCUCCAGUUGGCUCACAGCUAACUCCUGAGUAUCUUCUGCUGUUGCGAAAUUCCCAGGUUUUAUCAUCCAGCAGUUUGGCAAAGCAACGAAAUGGACAAAGGCAACUACAAAUUCCUACUUCACACCCAUCAUGCGAGCAUCCUAUUUUUAUGGAUUCGUUUCCAAAGUUGAAGUUAUGGUAUCGGCAGCACCAAGCUUGUCUGGCCUCAACUCUCUCUGGACUUGCUCAUGGGACACCUGUACGUAACAAUGUGGAUAGCCUUCUCAAUCUGAUGUUCAGAAAGGCCAAUAAAGGAGGCACAUCUAUAGGUUCUUUAUCUGGAAGUAGCAGCAUAAGUAACUCCUCUGGUCCUGGUGGUGAUGAUUCACAUCUUUGGCCUCAGUUGCCUGCUUGGGAGAUACUGGAAGCUGUUCCAUUUGUGGUUGAUGCUGCUCUUACUGCUUGUUCCCAUGGAAGACUAUUUCCACGUGAACUGGCUACAGGCCUGAAGGAUCUGGCUGAUUUCCUGCCUGCAUCUCUUGCUACAAUAGUAAGCUACUUUUCAGCUGAGGUAACUCGGGGUGUUUGGAAGCCAGCAUUCAUGAAUGGAUCAGAUUGGCCUAGCCCCUCUGUGAAUCUAUCCAUGGUCGAAGAGCACAUCAAGAAAAUUGUAGCCACUACCGGUGUUGAUGUUCCAAGGCUAGUUGCAGGAGGAAGCUCUUCGGGUACACUUCCAUUGCCAUUGGCCGCUUUUGUGAGCCUCACAAUCACAUACAAGCUUGACAAGGCAUCAGAGCGUUUCCUAAACCUUGCUGGCCCAGCUCUAGAGAACCUCGCCGCAAGCUGCCCAUGGCCAAGCAUGGCUAUUGUUGCAGCACUGUGGACCCAGAAGGUGAAGCGGUGGAGCGAUUUCCUAAUAUUUUCAGCUUCACGCACGGUGUUCCACCACAACAACGAUGCGGUUGUCCAGCUCCUCCGAAGCUGCUUUGCUGCUACCCUUGGUAUGUCAUCCACAUCGGUAUGCGGCUGUAGUGGUGUCGCCAGCCUUCUGGGUCACGGAUACUGCCCUGGUGGUUUCUCACCGGUUGCGCCAGGAAUCCUCUACCUCCGGAUAUUCCGGUGCAUCAAGGACUGUUCCAUACUCGCCGAAGACAUACUCAACCUCCUGAUGCUCUCAGUGAAGGAUAUCGCUGAAACAACCGUGCCCAAACAACGGUCAGACAAACUGAAGAAGACCAAGUACGGGAUGAGGCAUGGCCAGGUUUCUCUUUCCGCUGCAAUGACGCAGGUGAAGGUAGCGGCAUCACUGGGGGCGACGCUGGUCUGGCUGUCCGGCGGCACAGCCCUCGUCCAGUCCUUGAUCCAGGAGAUGCUCCCCUCGUGGUUCCUGUCCGUGCAGGACCUGGACAAGGGUGGGGCCAGUGGAGGCAUGGUGUACAAGCUGGGCGGCCACGCGCUGGCCUACCUCGCGGUGUACUCGGGGAUGUUCGCCUGGGGCAUCGACCCCACGCCGGUGUCCCGGCGCCGUGAGAGGGUCACGCGGUCGCACCUGCAGUUCCUGGCGAGUGCGCUGGACGGCAAGAUCUCCCUGGGCUGCGACCCCUCCCUGUGGCGCGCCUACGUCGCUGGGUUCCUGGGUCUGGUGGUGGAGUGCACCCCGUGCUGGGUGCAGGAGGUGGACCUGCCGGUGCUCAAGCGUCUGAGCAGCGGGCUACGGCAGUGGGGCGAGGACGAGCUCGCCGUGGCGCUCCUCCGACGCGCCGGGCCAGAGGCGAUGGGCACCGCCGCCGAGCUGAUCCUGGGCAGCGAGUGGUGACGCCGAUGCGCGCGCGGGGCUGGCGAGCCGCUGCCGCCGUCUGUACAUAAUCUGACAAUGUGUAUGUGCAAUGGGUGUGUUGAUUGAUUUUACGGUAAAACUGUUAGACGCUUUGUUCUCGUUAAUACUAGCCUCUGCUAAGUGCUAACCGCCACAUAUCUGUUUUUGAGCCAAUCAUCUUAAACGAAAGCUGUUUUUGAGCCAAUCACCUUGUAACGAAAGCCAUUUAGAAAAACAAACUAAAACCUUUUGAGGACUUUGCUCUUGGGGACUGUUUUCAAGUUCUUGAGAAAGAAGCUAUAUAAAUUAAAGUUUUGAA